UUUUUCUUCACCAACUUUGUUCUUAUGGGUAAGUGCUGAGUUAAAGCACCGAGUGUCUUCCCCUUCCGCUCUCCUUUCUCUCUGCGGAAUUUCCUAAGUGUGUCUCUCUAAGUAACAAUUGAGCGAAUCACAGCUAACCAACAACUAGAGAUCAUCUCAUCCUAUUCUCGGACUUCCAAUUCGCUGAAAAUGCAAGCGUCAACUUACGUAGUAAAAGGGGGCGCCGGCUUUGAGGUCCAAAACCGUAGGGGCUUGUACAGUUUCCGUAGGAUUGAGAAGGGAGCUUUGACCUUGAGUAAUAUCGAUCUUCGAGUGAGGGAUAAGGUACCUGGCUUUGGACCGUUGCGCUCUGGUUCGGUGGCUAUGGGGGCAGAACUCGCACGUGCCAGGGGCGGAGUUGAUAGCUUGGUUAGGUCCUCGGUCAAGGCCCGAUCGGUCAGAGCUCUCGCCUCUGGUGGAGACCUUGAGGAUGCCACUCCUAUCAAAUCUCAAGGGAAAUCUACUGGAACUGUUUUGCCCUUUGUUGGUGUUGCUUGUUUGGGAGCUAUAUUAUUUGGCUACCAUCUAGGGGUCGUAAAUGGUGCUUUGGAGUACCUUGCAAAGGAUCUUGGGAUCGCCGAAAACACUGUUUUACAAGGAUGGAUUGUUAGCACACUACUUGCUGGUGCCACUGUUGGUUCAUUUACUGGGGGAGCAUUGGCUGACAAGUUUGGAAGAACUAGGACUUUCCAACUAGAUGCAAUCCCACUUGCAAUUGGAGCAUUUUUAUGUGCUACAGCCCAAAGUGUGCAGACUAUGAUAAUUGGCCGCUUACUUGCUGGCAUAGGAAUUGGAAUCUCAUCUGCUAUUGUGCCACUUUACAUAUCUGAGAUAUCACCAACUGAAAUCCGUGGUGCACUUGGAUCUGUAAACCAACUUUUCAUAUGUAUUGGUAUUCUUGCUGCAUUGCUGGCUGGGUUACCUCUGGCAGGAAAUCCUUUGUGGUGGAGGACAAUGUUUGGUAUUGCAGCUGUACCAUCUAUUCUGCUGGCUCUGGGAAUGGCUUUUUCUCCAGAAAGCCCUCGAUGGCUAGCCCAGCAAGGGAAAACCUCUGAUGCUGAAAAAUCUAUCAGAACACUAUAUGGGAAAGAAAGAGUUGCUGAAGUCAUGCAUGAUUUAACAACAGGUAGUCAGGGUUCAGCAGAGCCAGAGGCAGGAUGGUUUGAUCUGUUUCGCAGCCGCUACUGGAAAGUUGUAAGUGUUGGUGCUGCACUUUUCUUGUUCCAACAGUUGGCUGGGAUAAAUGCUGUUGUGUAUUAUUCUACUUCCGUGUUCCGUAGUGCUGGAAUUACUUCUGAUGUUGCAGCAAGCGCUCUUGUUGGGGCAUCAAAUGUCUUUGGCACAGCUAUUGCAUCCUCCUUGAUGGACAGACAGGGAAGGAAAAGUCUGCUACUCACAAGCUUUGGCGGAAUGGUAAUAAUGUUAUCUUACGAUCAAUGGCCAAUAGUUCACCAAAUGCUCCAACAAGCUGAAAUAUGGCUGUCAGGCUUUGAUUUAUGCAGCUAUGUUUUGUCCUUUUCACUUGGUGCCGGUCCUGUUCCUGCUCUCCUGCUGCCAGAGAUAUUUGCAUCCAGGAUCAGAGCAAAAGCAGUUGCCUUAUCCUUGGGGAUGCAUUGGAUCUCGAACUUUGUCAUUGGCCUGUAUUUCUUGAGCGUGGUAAACAAGUUUGGAAUCAGCUCGGUGUACUUGGGAUUCUCAACCAUCUGUCUCCUUGCUGUCUUGUACAUAGCUGGGAAUGUUGUUGAAACUAAGGGACGAUCACUCGAGGAAAUAGAACUUGCUCUUAACCCAGCAACCUGAUUUUGGAUGUCAGAAGUGCAUAUGGAAUUAAUCUCGCUGCAUCUCGUGGACUGAGCUUGGGCUGGUUGAUGCCUGCUUGCAGCAGGUUUCAUCCUCAUGAUAAAAAGAGUUAAAUUGCGGUUUUCCUUGUUCAUUGCCCCUUGUUUUAUCUGUCGUUUCCGCUGAUGUUUAAUAUCAAUUGUAAGUACACUGGUGAAAUGCUCUUGGAGGCAUUACCAAUUAGGAUAUUCGGAACAGAGUAACAUAAUAGCAAGAUUUUGGUACUCCAAUUUGCAAAUUGAUAAAUAAAAUAACCCAAAACAGGAUAUGAAUUGGAGAUGGUGAGAUUUCGCUGA